AUGGCGGCGCGGUGGACCCCGGCCUCUGCCUCUGCCCGCCGCUCUCCAUCCUGCCUGGGCGGCCGCUCUGUCUCCUCGGGAGGCGCCUCGCGGGAAUGCGACCUGCCAGGAAGGCAGGCCGGCCUAGGAAGUCAAUGUGAGACUCCAAAGCGGAAGAAGCGGCUGGGGACGGACCUCAAGGCGGAGUGGUCCUCCCUGGAUUCGGUGUCCUCGGAGUCUUCCCAGGAUUCGGCCUACUCGGAGUCUGCCGAUUCGGCCGCUGGCCCAGAUUCUCCGCGGGAGUCGGACCUGGGGAGCUUCGAAGACGUGUUUGAGAGGACGGCCUUGGAGUCCUGGAAAGGCCCCCAAAGGGAUUCCUUUCCCAUCCGACGGAUCCAGUCCUUGCCGGUGAGGCUCCUGGGGGCCAGCCCCGCCCUGAGGAACAUCUCCAACUCCAAGGAAUUCAACAGCCCGGCCGCUCUCGAGCGGGACUCGCCGCUUGGCAGCAAUGCUGAGAAGGAGGGCUCCCUCUUCAAGAAGCCCCUGCGCCCGAGCAGCCGGUUGGGAUCUUUGCGCGGUGCGGUGGAGCGGGACCCCUUUGCACACCGGCCUAGUUCGGCCCCGGACCUCAUGUGCUGCAGCCCAGAGAAGGAGAACACGGGGCCCGGACCCCAAAGCCCGGCCUUCCUCCGCCGCUCCUCCUUGGCCUCCUUCCUCUCCGACGAAGACGACGGCUUCAUGGAAAUCCUGGACGAGGAGCAGAUGAAGGGCGACACAGAGGUCCCUCACGGGAUGGAGAACCUGCUGAUGGCUCCCUUGGUCCGGAAAGAAGAAGCCGACUCUGAGCUGACUCCGGUGAACGCGGGCAAGUGCCGCCGCCUCUUCCGCUCGCCCUCGAUGCCCAGCAGCGUCAUCCGGCCCGUCCUCAAGCGCCUGGACCGGCCUCAGGACAGAGACGCCCCGCCGGUCAAGAGCAAGCGGCGGAGGAGCCUGGCCGACAGCAACGCCCACCCUACUGACGCUGCCGACGAAGAGGAGAAGAAGCCAGAGGAGCCGAAGCCGCGCAUGGUGCGCUCCCGCUCCUGCUGCCCCAGCGAGAUCGCCAGCAUCUUGGACAACGACCAGCGGGAGCUGAUUGGAGACUUCUCAAAGGCCUACAUUCUGCAGACGGUAGAAGGGAAGCACCAAGAUCUCAAGUACAUCUCUGCCGAAAUGAUGGUGGCCGUCCUGACAGGCCAGUUCAGCAGCCUCAUCGAAAGCUGUGUGGUCGUGGACUGCAGAUACCCGUACGAAUACGAAGGAGGACACAUCAAGGGCGCCGUGAACCUCCCCCUGGAAAAGGACGUGGAGGAGUUCCUCCUCCGGAAGCCGAUGGUGCCGUCGGACUCCUCGAAGCGCGUGAUCGUGGUCUUCCACUGCGAGUUCUCCUCCGAGAGGGGCCCCCGCAUGUGCCGCUUUGUGCGGGAGAAAGACCGGGCCUGCAACGAGUACCCUUCCCUGCACUACCCGGAGCUGUACGUCCUGAAAGGAGGCUACAAGGAGUUCUUCCCACAAUAUCAAGUGAGUGAAGGGUUCUGGGGGGAAACGAUGCCAUCACCAUUUGGGAAAACCAGGAAUCUCCCCAAGAAGAGUUAA